AUGAUUCAGAAAUGCGAGAGCAUCAUGCGGCCAAACGAGAGGACGUCGGCGACUAUGGAGCUCAGCAAGAACGACCCAGAAUUCAGCGGCUCGAUUUACUUCAGAGUGGGGAAAGAUGAAAGCGGACCGCUGUCGGACACACGGGUGGGCUACGGGUUAAGGGUGAAGACGAAGUAUAAUGGCGCCACGCUUUCUGGGCAGUUCCGAUAA